GGGAAGUUUGCUUUGAAUUUAAGGGGAAAAAAAUGGAGAGAGCAGUGCAGAGUAAGGCCGAGACUAGGAAAGACGUCUGCAUGAAGACUGAGCUGCUGAAAGAUAUUACCAACAGUAAAGAGGAAGGAUUUAAUGCCAUGGCUGCAGAUGAAAGUGCUACAGAAAAGCAAGUAGGGGAACCAAAAAUGACGGCAGAUGGUGAAACCAAUGGCUCCUGUGAGCGCAACGAAGCUGGUAGCCACCCAAACCCAACUAAAAACACUCAGGACAAUACAAAAGUGAGCCAGCAGGACUCCAGUACUAAAUUAAAUAGGAUAGCGGAGAAUGGCAUUUCGGAGAGAGACAGUGAGACCGGGAAGCAGAACCACAUGAAAGCUAAUGACUUCACGCAGACUUCUGUAACAGGGAGCAAUGGAUAUAUUUUAACUAAGCAGAUGGCGCAGGAGCAGCCCCUAAGGACUACAGGCACCUUUGCUUCUCUCACUGGCCAUGCUGCGAAAACCCUCCCAGGAGGAGCAAGCAAAGGGAGAACUCUGAGCGCCUUUUCUCAGCUGCAAGCCACCCUGCCAGCCAAGCUUGGGGAGGGGAGUAAGGACAUGGAUGCUAAAAAAGCCACCGCCACGAACGCUGAAGUCAAGGUCCACAGAGCACGGAAGACAAUGCCUAAACCCACACUUAGCCUGCAUGCAAGUAAAGACCCCAAAGAAGCGAGAGACACCAGAGAUCAAAAAGAAUCCAAGGAGGAAGGCAACAAAAACGUCUUGGAGUUUGGCAAGCCCCCACCGUUGCCCCCUUUCCCAGGCCUUCAUCAGUCACUACCUCAGAACCAGAGCUAUGUGGCCACCACAAAAUCUCAGACAGCUGCUGCAGUAUCUCGGAAGAAGAAGCGGAGAAUGGGAACCUAUAGUCUGGUUCCCAAGAAAAAGACCAAAGUGUUAAAACAGAGAACGAUGAUUGAGAUGUUUAAGAGCAUAACUCAUUCCACUGCGGGUGCCAAGGGUGAAAAGGACCUAAUUGACAUCAGCCCUCACAUGAAUGGGGAGAGCAUAGAGGUGGACUCCGAAGAGGAAGACUCUGACGACCUGGAAGAGGAAGACGAACAUGGAGCUGAACAGUCCGCUGCAUUUCCCGCAGAGGACAACAGGACCUCGAAGGAGGUCUCAUCUGAUGCUGACAAUGCCAGAAAGAUGGAAGAUGGUGAAUCUGAGGAGGAACAAGAAUCUGGAGAAUCUGGGGAGGAGGAGGAAGAUGGAGAUGAAUCUGACUUGAGCUCCGAGUCCAGCAUCAAGAAGAAACUGCUGAAGAGGAAAGGAAAGACGGACAGCCCGUGGCUGAAACCCACCCGGAAGAGGAGGAGGAGGAAUAAAAAGAAACAAGCCAGCGUGUUAGGUACUGAAGCGUAUAAACCACCUUUGGGAGGCAGAGAGGGAGCUGGGCAGGAGAAUAGUAUGGAAUACAUGGAAGUGUCUCUUGAUUCUUUGGAUCUCCGAGUAAAGGGAAUUCUAUCUUCACAAUCAGAAGGUCUCUCUAAUGGCCCUGAAGCAAUGGAAAUGGAUGGUCUUCAGGAAGUGCCUCUCUGUAGCUGUCGAAUGGAAACCCCCAGAAGCCGAGAGAUUACCACGCUAGCCAACAACCAGUGCAUGGCAACGGAGAGCGUGGACAAUGAGCUGGGCCGAUGCACAAACAGCGUGGUGAAAUAUGAGCUGAUGCGCCCGUCGAACAAGGUCCAGCUCUUGGUGCUGUGCGAGGACCACAGAGGGAGAAUGGUGAAACACCAGUGCUGCCCUGGCUGUGGAUACUUCUGCACUGCAGGCACUUUCAUGGAGUGUCAGCCUGAAAGCAGCAUUUCCCACCGUUUCCACAAGAACUGUGCCUCCCAGGUUAAUGACACGAGCUACUGCCCGCACUGCGGGGAAGAGGCCUCUAAGGCGAAGGAGGUGACGAUAGCAAAAGCAGACACGACUUCCAUGGUGUUGCUGACCUACGAGCAGGAGAAGCCAGUGGCCCUGGAGGGAAGGGCAGACACCACCACAGGGAGUGGCAUUGGAACACAGUUGUCUGAGGAAGACAAGCCAGAGAGUUUGGCUAACGAGGGGUUUGAUUUGGCUGGGUCUUCUGUUUUUGUGAAGCCUGCCACUGGCCUGCCUCAGGGACCAGUUAAAGAAACCUUGGAAAGCGCUUUGAUUGCCCUGGAUUCAGAAAAACCCAAGAAGUUACGGUUCCACCCGAAGCAGCUGUACUUCUCUGCCAGGCAAGGGGAACUUCAGAAGGUCCUGCUUAUGUUGGUGGACGGGAUUGAUCCCAACUUCAAAAUGGAGCACCAGAAUAAGAGAACCCCUCUUCACGCUGCUGCAGAAUCCGGGCACGUGGACAUCUGCCACAUGCUGAUUCAGGCUGGUGCUAACAUAGACACCUGCUCGGAGGACCAGAGGACCCCGCUGAUGGAGGCAGCAGAGAAUAACCAUCUGGAUGCUGUGAAGUACCUUAUCAAGGCUGGAGCAUUGGUAGAUCCCAAGAGAGACAGAAAUGCUAGCUGCUACUUCUCUGCCCUCCCCUCGCUGAGAGAGAGGGAUUGUCAAGCAAGAAAGGGGCAACUAAUGACCAAGGGCAUUCCUGGGUCCCCCUGCGAACUGCUGCUGUUCCUGUCAGAGGGACAUCCUGGUCCCAUUGAAGAUGCUGAGGGCUCCACGUGUCUGCACUUGGCUGCCAAGAAAGGGCAUUACGACGUAGUUCAGUACCUUCUCUCCAACGGGCAGAUGGACGUCAACUGCCAGGACGACGGAGGCUGGACGCCCAUGAUCUGGGCCACCGAAUACAAGCACGUUGAACUGGUGAAGCUAUUGCUGUCCAAGGGGUCGGACAUUAAUAUUCGAGACAACGAGGAGAAUAUUUGUUUGCACUGGGCAGCUUUUUCUGGCUGUGUUGACAUAGCGGAGAUAUUGCUGGCUGCUAAGUGCGAUUUACAUGCAGUAAAUAUUCAUGGAGACUCGCCACUGCACAUCGCAGCCAGAGAGAACCGCUAUGAGUGUGUUGUCCUCUUUCUCUCCCGUGGCUCGGAUGUCAGCUUGAAGAACAAGGAAGGUGAGACUCCACUCCAGUGCUCAAGUCUCAACUCUCAGGUCUGGGUGGCUCUGCAGAUGAACAAGACAAUCCGAGAAUCAUCUACUGACAAACCUGCCCAGAUAGAAAAGACGGUGAGCAGAGACAUUGCCCGGGGUUACGAGCAGAUCCCAAUUCCAUGCAUCAAUUCAGUGGACAGCGAGCCUUGCCCCACCAACUACAAAUACGUUUCUCAGAACUGUGUGACCUCCCCAAUGAACAUCGAUAGAAACAUCACUCAUUUGCAGUACUGUGUGUGCAUAGAUGACUGCUCCUCCAGCAACUGCAUGUGUGGCCAACUCAGUAUGCGCUGCUGGUAUGACAAGGAUGGCCGACUCCUGCCUGAAUUCAACAUGUCUGAGCCACCGCUGAUCUUUGAGUGUAACCACGCUUGCUCAUGUUGGCGAAACUGCCGGAAUCGGGUAGUGCAGAAUGGGCUCAGGGUUCGAUUGCAGCUUUAUCGAACGCAAAAGAUGGGCUGGGGCGUGCGGUCGAUGCAAGACAUCCCCUUGGGAACGUUCGUGUGCGAGUACGUUGGAGAGCUGAUUUCUGAUUCAGAGGCCGACGUACGUGAAGAGGACUCCUAUCUCUUUGACCUUGACAACAAGGAUGGAGAGGUGUACUGCAUAGAUGCUCGUUUCUAUGGCAACAUCAGCCGCUUUAUAAACCAUCUCUGUGAGCCAAACCUCACCCCUGUGCGAGUGUUCAUGUCGCACCAGGACCUGCGCUUUCCCAGGAUUGCCUUCUUCAGCACCAGGCAGAUCGAAGCCGGCGAGGAAAUCGGCUUUGACUACGGGGACCGAUUCUGGGACAUCAAAGGCAAAUACUUCAGCUGUCAGUGCGGUUCACCCAAGUGCAAACACUCGAGCACAGCCCUGGCCCAGCGGCAAGCGAGCACGUCCUCCCAGGACGCCCAGGAGAACGGACUCCCCGACACCAGCUCUGCCGUGGCAGCCGGCCCCUUCUGAGGACUCGCUCCCGGGAGCCUGAACUCUUUGAACGCGAUAGAUUCACACACUGUUUGAAAUUUCCAUUGAAAGAGAAAACACACUCAAGGAAAGCCAAGGGGUUCGUGACAUCUAGGGAUGUGCCACCGACUGUUACUUGAGGAAUAAGUGAAAGCAAAUCCGGACUCCAUGUUGUAGUGUUCCUCCCUCUCCACCCCUGGAAAGCUGCUGGUUUUACAGUGAGUGCAAAGGGAUGGCUGUCGCAGUUUUUCCAUGCAAGAUGUCCUAGCAUCCGUCUCU